CAGCGCCUGCGCGGUGGGCGUGAUCCGGGCACUUAGGGCAGGAUGAACGCUGCUUUCCAAGAUGGCGACGGAGGGAGGAGGGAAGGAGAUGAACGAGAUUAAGACCCAAUUCACCACCCGGGAAGGUCUGUACAAGCUGCUGCCGCACUCGGAGUACAGCCGGCCCAACCGGGUGCCCUUCAACUCGCAGGGAUCCAACCCUGUCCGCGUCUCCUUCGUAAACCUCAACGACCAGUCUGGCAACGGCGACCGCCUCUGCUUCAAUGUGGGCCGGGAGCUGUACUUCUAUAUCUACAAGGGGGUCCGCAAGGCUGCUGACUUGAGUAAACCAAUAGAUAAAAGGAUAUACAAAGGAACACAGCCUACUUGUCAUGACUUCAACCACCUAACAGCCACAGCAGAAAGUGUCUCUCUUCUAGUGGGCUUUUCCGCAGGCCAAGUCCAGCUUAUAGACCCAAUCAAAAAAGAAACUAGCAAACUUUUUAAUGAGGAAAACUCUUGUCAGCACUUGUGGAAGGUGGAUUGGAAUGAAGAAAGACAGAAUGAAGGUAGCAAGACCAGUGAGGAGGCUCUAGUAACUGUCCAGAGACUAAUAGACAAGUCACGAGUUACCUGUGUCAGAUGGGUUCCCGGUUCGGAAAGCCUUUUCCUAGUAGCCCACUCGAGUGGGAACAUGUACUUGUAUAAUGUGGAGCACACUUGUGGCACCACAGCCCCCCACUACCAGCUUCUGAAGCAGGGAGAGAGCUUUGCCGUGCACACAUGCAAGAGCAAAUCCACGAGGAACCCUCUCCUUAAGUGGACGGUGGGCGAGGGGGCCCUCAACGAGUUUGCUUUCUCCCCAGAUGGCAAGUUCUUAGCGUGCGUGAGCCAGGACGGGUUUCUGCGGGUGUUCAACUUUGACUCAGUGGAGCUGCACGGUACGAUGAAAAGCUACUUUGGGGGCUUGCUGUGUGUGUGCUGGAGCCCGGAUGGCAAGUACAUCGUGACAGGUGGCGAGGACGACUUGGUGACAGUCUGGUCCUUUGUAGACUGCCGAGUAAUAGCUAGAGGCCAUGGGCACAAGUCCUGGGUCAGUGUUGUAGCGUUUGACCCUUAUACCACUAGCGUAGAAGAAGGUGACCCUAUGGAGUUUAGUGGCAGCGAUGAGGACUUCCAAGACCUUCUUCAUUUUGGCAGAGAUCGAGCAAAUAGUACACAGUCCAGGCUCUCCAAACGGAACUCUACAGACAGCCGCCCCGUAAGUGUCACGUAUCGGUUUGGUUCCGUGGGCCAGGACACACAGCUCUGUUUAUGGGACCUUACAGAAGAUAUCCUUUUCCCUCACCAACCCCUCUCAAGAGCAAGGACACACACAAAUGUCAUGAAUGCCACGAGUCCUCCUGCUGGAAGCAAUGGGAACAGUGUUACAACGCCCGGGAACUCUGUGCCCCCUCCUCUGCCACGGUCCAACAGCCUUCCACAUUCAGCAGUCUCAAAUGCUGGCAGCAAAAGCAGUGUCAUGGACGGGGCCAUUGCUUCUGGGGUCAGCAAAUUUGCAACACUUUCACUACAUGACCGGAAGGAGAGGCACCACGAGAAAGAUCACAAGCGAAAUCAUAGCAUGGGACACAUUUCUAGCAAGAGCAGUGACAAACUGAAUCUAGUUACCAAAACCAAAACGGACCCUGCGAAAACUUUGGGAACGCCCCUGUGUCCUCGAAUGGAAGAUGUUCCCUUGUUAGAGCCGCUGAUAUGUAAAAAGAUAGCACAUGAAAGACUGACUGUACUAAUAUUUCUUGAAGACUGUAUAGUCACUGCUUGUCAGGAGGGAUUUAUUUGCACAUGGGGAAGGCCUGGUAAAGUGCCAGCAGAGCACUUCUGCAGGCAGGAGGACAGGAUGCAAGGUGUUCUCCAAGACCAGAACUAAAGGUGCCCAACAGCUUGAGAGGAGGGCACUGGAGAGAGGGGCAGGGAAGCGCCCUCCUCCUCGGCUGUGCUUGAGUAAUGGCUCCCACAGACCUGGGGAGGGCCCGGGGAGGGGUGGCCGCGGUGGUUUCCUGAUAUCAGGUGUGUAAGGUACAAUGUGUGCUGCUAACCCUAAGAGAAAUUUGGGGAAAAUAUUUGUAGUUUUCUCACCAAACUUUGAGCUUCCUCAUUGAAAUUUUCCAGUUUUUCAGCCUAAACGUUAUUAUGAGCAAGAAUAUCUUUUCUAACCUAAUCUCUGGAAUAAAACACAGCAUUUGGCAAGAAGAGGCUGUUAACUACUCAGUCAGCAUCUCUUCCAGCGUGUACCACACCACAGAGGUGAAAAGCUCAGACGCACGCUGCGUGGCUGGAGAAUCCUGCUCCCGCCCAGCAAGGGGGCGAGCUGGGCCCUGGGCAGUGUCAGACGCCUUCUGAAGGGGUCAGGCCAGGGCCAGGGGAGCUUCUACUCGCCCUACUUGGGUUGGCCUUUCUCACCAGGAUUCAAGAAGCCAGAUUUGUGCUGUUACUGCGAUGGGGCAGGCUUCUAAACACUACCGGCGGCCCUGGAGCCUUUCUCUGAGGCUUUUUUCUUAUUCAGAAGGGGAAUUAAAAAUUCCCCCAGAGGCCUGGAGAAGGGAGUCUUUGGAAAAGCUUGCCUUCUUUUAAAAGCAAAUGCAUGCGCAGGAGCAGACACUUUACAAACAACUAGUAACCUUGGGGUCGAAAUUUGCUUAAAUCAUGGUAAAGAAUCUCAUUUCUCUUUUGUGCUGAUUGAACCUUCUAGCAGUCUGGAAGUGUUCUCCUGUGAACCCUUAGCUGGGGACUGAGGGUAAAUGCCUUAAAAAUGGAGGCGUGGAAAAUCACAAAGGAGCCAUCACAAUCAUUCUUGUCUCAGGCAUUCAGGAAUUCUGAGGAAGAAAUGCAGUGACAGGACGGGAUUUUAUGGGCAAGGACACCCUCCGGGCGGGGCCCAGGGUUCUCCACUGGCUGACUUCACCCCCAGGGCCCAGCUGGCACAUGGCCAGGCAGCCAUUUCUCUCCAGUUCCUCCACUUCCUGGGGUUCAUUUUAAAUAUUAAAUAAAUUGUAAAGUAUGAAAUGAGUGCUGAAGUUGCCUCCGCACAAGGUCCUCAUCACCCCUCGCCUGUGAGGGAGACGUUUCCUUUUUUUGUUGAGCGAGCUCAAAGUGUGAGGCGGAGAAAGCCUAGGGGUUGGGGGCGGCUGGAGAAGGGAUCCACGGAAACCCAGGCGCCACAUCAUGCGUGUCUGACUGCCCACGGAAGAACUAGAAGCAGUUCACCAGUGGAUUUGCUGGGGAAAGAUUAAUGGAACACAGCAUCUGGCGUCCAGCUUUGUGGGUGAGGGCACGGCAGGGGAUCCGGCGGCCCUGCCCUGCCUCCAGUGCCAGUGGAUGGGGGAGGGAUUGGCCUCUGACUGUGGGGCUGCACCAUGGUGGCAGUCGGUGUGCCCUUGGCUGAGGUUUCGUUCCUUAGCAAUGAGAACCUCCAUGUGUGUGGGUAGGGGUCGGGUGACCUGGAGACGCCGCCUCUGGUCUGGUCUGGGUGACAAAGGUGAAGGUUUAUAGUCUACCACCCUGGCAGCAGCCUGCAGGGCCCCCCCUUGUCUGGAGCACGCCCUUUGCUAUGGGCUGAUUGGGACUGUCAUGUGUUGCUUUAAGUUAACAAGGUGCACAUCACAGUGACCCCAAGUGAUUUCCCAAAGGGAGGAGACAUUAGUGUGGCCGAAGUGAAGUCUGUGGCUUUAUAUUUAAAAGCACUCAUAUUCAAUUGUUACCUUUGAAACUCAGAUCCUAGUUACAAACUAUAAGAACGUGCCCGUCCAGUAGAGGGAAACUGUCUCACUGAUGUUGAUGUUUUUAUUUGUUUCCGCAUCUGUUACACAAAUUUUGUGUCAUAAAUUGCUAUCCCUUCAUUUGAAAGUGUAAAAGAAAAAUUUCCUGCAUUUUUAUCAUUUCUGUAUACUUCAGUUUAUUAAAGAUUGUUACGUUAGGCGACACUGUAUAAAAUUGUAUGGAUAUUUUGAGUGAAAAUCAAAAGUAAAAUUCACAUGUAUUUCCUUUUUUAUAUUUUCAUCCAAUUUCUUGACAACUUGAAUAAAUUUCAUAAAGAGCCUUCCUAACAUGAAAUAUUGGUAAAUUAAAUUCUUAACUGUUGCAAUAAUUAAUGAAGCUUUAAUAUCAGUAUUGUUGUUUUAUAAUUUUAAGGAAAUCAUGUUUCUGUUUCACUGCUUUUUUUUUUUAGCUGUUCCCUUGUCACUGUGACAGCUAACAAGACUUACUACAUACUUGAUAUUCUGAAGUACUGUGGGGCUGUCCUCUGUAUACUGACAUUAAAUAAACGUGUGUGAGUGAACUGUAAAUGUAGAUAAUUUUCAGUAGUCAUUUUCACAUCUAAGCUUUAAAAAUCCCAGUGAACCAAAACCAGAAAAGUUUUUAAAUGUUGUAAAAUUAAGGACCUUGUUAAUGUUUAUAGAACAGCCAGCCACCGGAAUUGCUCCCUCUUACUUAAGCUGACUAUGUUUCUCAUAGUUGGCAGCGUACUCGGCGAAAUGUUCUGCGUCUCAGAUACUGUUUUAUGUGGUCCUCCUCUGUGCCAACUCCAGUCCGGGAGAAGGACUGUUGAUUGGCGUUUUGGCUGAGCUGUGUAGAGGCUUCUGUUGAAUGAGAAUGCUGACAUUCUGAAGUUGUCCUGGGCCACGAGCUGGCUUUGGUUACAUGACUCACUAUCCCGGACGCUGGACAUCCGACAUUCUGUCCAGCCACCCAGCCAGCAGCUGGGAGAGUGGAGAAGGUAGCGGCUGGUAGGCUGCUUUCUUUUUUUUAUUUUGCUGUAAGUUCUGGGAUGUAUGUGCUGAACGUGGAGGUUUGUUACAUAGGUAUGCAUGUGCCACGUGGUUUGUUGCGCCUGUCAACCCGUCAUCUGUGUUUUAAGCCGUGCAUGUAUUAGGUAUUUUUCCUUAUGCUGUCCCUCCCCUUGCCCCCAGGUAGGCUGCUUUCAGUAGGAGCUCCUUUCCCGGCUAGAGUUCAUUGUUUUCCUAUUCCGCAGCUUGAAUAGUGUUUGCUUAAGGCUUUGUGCUGGCGUGAGGUUGUCCUGCUGUAGACACCAGGCCCGUCUUUGGUGCAGAGUGCUUCCUACACAGGGCAGUGGGGGACGUUCCAUUUGGGAUGAGAAGAACUCAUGAUUUACAUUGCCUUACUAUGAAAUACCAUCCCUCACUCUUGCAGACGAUGUAGCUGAUCUGAGCAGUGCCCUGGCACCUGCAGGCCUAGCCCCCUGCCUGAGGUGUGACGAGUGAGGGCGAGCUGGCCUGAGACACAGCCCUUCAUCAGGCCCUUGAGCUCCCAUUUAAUUGUCACUUCCCUGCCGUGUCAUGAGACAUCCAGGUUCCACUCAGCUGCCUCUCCAUGUUGGCAGCUGGCUGAGCCCUGUGCUCUGCCUCCAGCAUGUCCGACGGGUGGGGAACUCCCAGAAGCUUCCUACGGUGCUGUCUCUGGAGUGCUGGGUCGGCAGAGCCUCCAGUGCUGAACUCUCUGCGCCUUCUGUCUUGAGUCUGGGCUGCCAAAGCAGAGGGAACAUUCAGACCUACAGUUCUCAAAAGCGGCCUCCUGGGGCCUACGACUGCCACAAGAGUGCACAGGGCUCUGUUCUUAGCACUGAACAGGGUGUUUUUGUUUGUGUUUUUUGAGACGGUCUCGCUCUGUUGCCCGAACAUGGCUCACUGAAGCCUUGACCACCUGGGCUCAGUGAUCCUCCCAUCUCAGCCUCUUGAGUAACUGGGACCAUAGGCACACACCACCAAACUCAGCUAAUUUUUGUGUAUUUUUAUUUCUGUGGGUACAGGGUCUUGCCAUGUUGCCCAGGCUAGCACCGAGUAGAUUUUAAGCCCUAAAGACUAUUAAGUUGACAGCAAGUUUUGUUUUUUUAAGAAAACCAUGACAUUUUGGUCUUUUAAAAAUAGCUAGUUUGUACCUUCAAAAACAUAAAAAUAGCCAGUUCUCAGCUGGGCGUGGUGGCUCACGCCUGUAAUCCCAGCACUUUGGGAGGCCGAGGCGGGUGGAUCACCUGAGCCCAGGAGUUUGAGACCAGCCCAGCCAUCAUGGCAAAACCCCAUCUGUACUAAAAGUACAAAAAUGAGCCAGGCGUGGUGGCGGGCGCCUGUAGUCCCAGCCACUCGGGAGGCUGAGGCACCGUGAAAAUCACUUGAACCCAGGAGGUGGAGGCUGCAGUGAGUUGAGAUGGCGCCACUGCACUCCAGCCUGGGCGACAGAGCGAGACUCUGUCUUAAAGAAAAAGCCAUUUCUCCAUGUGUGGCUGCCUGUCAGAAUUAAUGGAUUCUGAACCCAGGGGUCUCUGGAGACGAAUGGACCAUCUAGAGACUCUCAGCUCCCCACCACCCCUUCCAGGGUGAGUGGCCUCCAAAACCAGCCUCCCCUUUUAGCCUGGGGGGGCAGCUAGGGGGCAGCAUGAGCAAAAUCCUCCUUGAAGUUACGCAAGCUAGAAAGGCUUUAUGGAGACUAAGUGGGGUCCCUUCUUCCUGCCCCACACAGCAGAGAGGAUUGCAGGGCCAAGUGGGUCCCAGGAGCGGGAGGGCCUCCAGUGACAGCCCGGGCCGGUGCUGGUCUCCAUCGGUGAACGGGAUCAUGAUGAAGGCCCACUGAUGUGCACACAUUCUCUCUGAUGCUUUUCUUCCCACCUUCAGAUCUCAGCAGAGCCCUUAAAUGGUUGUGCCCUUCAUUUGCAGGGUCUUUCCCCAGAAGUCUGAAGAGCACAAUCCUUUUCUCUGGGUGGCUUUUCUCAUUAGAUGCCAAGUUGAGUGGCAUCUGGGCAAGUGUGGCCCCUCACUGUCACCUGUCAGUGGACAGGUUAAAGCUAGCAGAGGUACGUGGUCCACUGCCCAGCUACAACUGAGGUCCCAGGCCAGACUGCACGGCAAGUCUGGGGCAGAGAUGGGUCCUGACGUUCCUGGGCUAGGCCCAGGGUCCCCGGCUCUGUGGCUCACGUGCCGCUUGUGUGAUGUAGAGACUGGCUUCGCAUGCCGUGAAUAAGCCGUGGCUGCUUUCUCCAGGUUUGCUUUGGUUCCUUUCUGUCGUGGUCUGUGUAGUGAGAAUGGUGGGAGUCUUGCAGGUGAGCAGUUAAGGAGUGUGUUCAGAGCUGGAAGUUUGGUUCUGAGAGCAGGCCAGCCUGGUCAUAGUUCUCAUCGUUCCUGCACCGUCUCUAAAAAGGUGUCGCUUUGCAAAUAACAUUUAACUCGUGUUCCCAGGGUGAGAUUCUGCCAGAAGCACCUGCCACAGAGGCCAGCAUUGGAGCCUCAGGGUCUACGUGCAGGGCCAAGGCUGGCCUUCUCCCUCUGGGGAAUGCCAGUGGAGGUGACCUCCACAGCACCCCGGCCAGCUGGCACCAAGCUCCCGGAUGUUGUGGCUGUGUAGAACCCAAUUCUGUCUUGUGGCACUUUGUCCACGAUCUCAGGAGAGAAGCGCUCAUCUGCCUGCCUGCCAGCCCGCCCGCCUGCAGUGAAACGGGUCCCAGGGCCUGUGUGCGUGUUACUUUUGUUUGGGUUGGAAAGUGUGACCUUGGGGAUUGAAUGACCAGAGAGGGUUUUAACAGUCCCAGGUGGAUGAGGGAUGAGCUGGCGCCCAGCCCACACUCUUCAUCCAUAUCCCACACACUCAUCCACAUCCCACAGCUGUUUCCUUGAGGUUCUGUCUUCUCUGACAUUCAUGGGUCGUGGGGGUCGGAAGGGGAAGCCCUCCCAGAACCCAGAGCCAGGAGACCAUCCCAGGCCUGACAGAGCUUCAGGACAUGUCCUUUCCUGACGUGGCCUGUGGCCCUCACAGUCCUGUCUUGCUGUCAGACUCUCCAGUCUGAGCAGCACCUGCAGGGGCAGGAACGUGGCCCUGCUGCUUUAUUGUAAAUUGUUUUGAACCAAAAUGUUUUUCAUAUAUAUUCUGGUGCAACAAGGCGUAAUUCUCUUAACUUAGUAUUAUAAAUUAGAAUCAAACCCAAACCAAGAGCUGGAGUAUUUUUUUAUCACUUAAUUUUGAACUGAAAUCUCUAGCAGGAAUAAAACAGUGACUCUGGGGAGAGCCGAGCAGCUGACUAAUAUUAGAGCCAAGGCUUGCCCCGUUCCUCUCACAGCGUGGGGGCUGAUGGGAUGCCGUGCAGAUUCUCCCUGGGGAACUCCUUUGCCUGAUGGCAACUGGUAAAGCCUGGAAUUGCCAGCUGUCCUGCUUCUGGUGCACAGCCCAGCAGCUCCCGCACGCUGCUGACAGGUGAAGCGUGGGCGGGCCCCUUGCCAGGUCCUCCGUCGGCUGGGCCGGGCCUUGCCCCUUUUCUCCCAUGAAAAGGAAGCAGAAGGACAGGGUAAAACCACACUCCCUCCCUGAAGAGCAGGCGGAUUGGGGCAGCAGGGUCCCUGUUUGACAUGGAUGACCAUUUGGGCAGUGGAUCCCCCAUGCUUAAACACGCGCCUCCCACUGUGCUCUCGAGAGAAGCUGCAGCCGGGAUCCUUCCAUUGGGGCCUAGGUGUCUGUUUCUCGUCUUCCUCUUCUACCACCUGAUAAUCUUUAGACUAAAUCACAGGCUGAUAGAAACAAGGUGACUUUUUUCAUUUAAUUUUCUUUUGAAUGGUGUUUUUUCCUCCCGUUGCCUCCAGUGUUCAUCACGGCAAAGUGAGUGGUGCCAUCUCCAGCAAGUGACAGGUGCCAAGAUGAAGGGUUCAGUGACUCGCACAAGUCUUCACCUGCAUGCAGGGCGCCGAGGCCCCUUCCCUGCCACCCGGAGUGCUUACUGUGUCGCACCCCCUCCUUCUGGGCAUGCCUGGCACUGAUGCCAACACAGGGCCACAGCAGGCCCAGCGCACUCCAGGGCUUGUGCCUGCAGCACUGUCUCCUGGGGCUUGCUGGGUUCACUGCUGGAGAACUGGAGGCCGGGCCCACUGGGCCUUCGCUUCUCCUUCCUGUUAACUCCUCUUAGAGACCACCGUUUUCCCCUUUGCUCUGACGGGCAGGCUCCAGGGAGUCCCUGGUCAAGCACCCUAGGGUCCUCUUGGGUUUUUCACCGGUGGCCAACCUGCUUCCUCAGUGCUGCAGCAGAGGGACCCUGAGUUUUGAUCAUGGGCACAUUCUCUGCAUGGUGAUCCAUUCUAAAAGAACUGUUAACCAGAGGUGACAUCAAAAGGGCUAAGCCCUGCUAACAGGAAGAGGAGGACAGGUGUGAGGGCGGUUGAUUCGAGAUCUCUCUGGAAGCUGGGCCCAGUGGAGAGUGGGACAGUGGAGGGCAUGAGGGUGGUUCUAGUUGGCUCCCAGCUGCCACAACUGGCAUCAAGGUGUUAGCCAGCAGAAACUGGAGAAUGAGUGUGCAUUUGUUUUGUGCUAAUGGGACAAUAGGAAGCCUGCAGCCCUGGGGUUGGGUCGCUUUCUAGGGACCAGCUGGCGGAAGCAGCGUGUCCCUCAACAUCAGGCUCUGGCAGCCUGGUGGCUGCGCCACCUCUGCGUCUCAGCACCCGCCCUCCCCGGGAGUGAUGGAAGGCAGCGGAGUCCUCCAGGGCCUCACGCUCAGUGAGAGGAAGUCUAAGGAAGGGUGCUGUCCCCCGGCUGUCACGAGCCACCUGCAGCCACUAAGUAUGUAAACUGGGGCCAGUCCAACCUGAAAAGUGCCAUAACGUGUCAACCACACAGCACAUCUCAAAGGCUUCUUACCAAAAAAGUCAUUAGUAAUUUUUAUAUUGCUGAAUAUGAUAUGAAACAUCUUCAGUUAAAAUAUUAAAAUUGGCCAGGUGCGGUGGCUCACGCCUGUAAUCCCAGCACUUUGGGAGGCCGAGGCAGGUGGAUCACGAGGUCAGGAGGUCUUCAAGACCAUCCUAACACGGUGAAACCCCAUCUCUACUAAAAAUACAAAAAAUUAGCUGGGCGUGGUGGUGGGCGCCUGUAGUCCCAGGUACUUGGGAGGCUGAGGCAGGAGAAUCGCUUGAACCCAGGAGGCGGAGCUUGCAGUGAGCCGAGAUCGUGCCACUGCACUCCAGCCUGGGCAACAAAGUGAGACUCCGUCUCAAAAAAAAAAAAAAAAAAAGAAAAUAUUAAAAUUAAUGUCACUUGUUUUUAUUAUCUUUUCAUUUUUUGAGACAGGGUCUUGUUCUGUCCCCCAGGCUGGAGUGCAGUGGAUCGCGGCUCAUUGCACCCGGCAUCUCUUGGGCUCAAGCCAUCCUCCUGCCGCACAGCCUCCUAAGUAGCUAGGAUGACAGGCGUGCACCACCACACCCGGCUAAUUUUGUAUUUUUAGUAGAGACUGAGUUUCACCAUGUUGGCCAGGCUGGUCUCAAAUUCCUGGGCUCAAGUGAUCCCCCCACCUCAGCCUCCCACAGGGCUGGCUGUCACUUGUUUUUAAGUAAGUUGUUAAACGUGCUCCUAGGAAGCUAAACUUAACACAGGACUGGUAGAGACGCCACCUUCCUGUGGGUGGGGCUGCCUCAUACCUGGAGCAGCACUCGCCUCCACCUGGCACUCCGUGAAAGGGGAGGGAGACUCUGUGGCUGCCAGAUCAGGGUGGCCCCUCUCCAUCUGUCCCCAGGCUGGGUCACCACCACUUUCUCCCUCUGCCAGGAGUAGAUGACUUUUCUGUUGCCAGGGGGAAGGGAGGUGCCUCCUAGUUCUGGAGAUUUGUCAUUUCUUGGACACCACAUAGCUUGUGGAAAGCACUUUCUUAGGGUGCGCGUGGUGAUGAAGGCAGAGUGUCCUGUGUGAGAGGCUUCCUUGUUCCAGACUGUCUACGGCAGAAGUGGGGUCGGGCACCUGCUGCCCAGCUUUCCUCCACAGCCUUGAUGCAUUUGAGCCAGAAUAUGGGGCGUUUGUGGGGUCCUCCACAGGUACAAACAGGGUUCUGUCCCUUUUCAGGGGUCCCAGAGGAAAAGCACUCCUAUAGGCUGUGAGCAGGGGCAGCUGCCACAUUCCGUUUGCUUCCUGAGCUUGUCCAGGUGAACAGGUUUCAGGUAGAAGGUAAGAAACUGGAUGAAAUGACGAGCGGACCAGCUUGCUUCCCGCAGCAGGGUGCAGGCGAGGCUGAAGGGCAGUUUCCGAUUGUCACCCUCAUUUGUGUCCACACAAGUCCAAUGUGUGAGAAGGUAGCAAUGAUAGCUUGAGUUAAAGGCUUGUCAUUUGUAAACAGCACUCAUCAGCCGAAGCCUUCUUCCAUGACAGCUUAGGGUAAGUGUAUUCCCAGAGCUGAAAAUGUGCACCUUCGGGGCUGCACUAUCGCCAUCUUAAUGUUCUUCUUCAUAAACGAACGCCACACCUUGAUGUGGUGUAACUGCCGCCCAAUAGUAAAUGCAAAGAAAUGGAAGUACUCUUUGCUGUGUAGGAGGUUAAGCCCUCUUAGGUUUACCCAAGGUCACACCUGUAUUGCAGAGUCUGGGUGAGAUUCCCCCCCCUCCACAGUGAGCCUCUCAGCAGGAGCCGCCCCGAAGAGCCAGAUGCCCCCCCAUUCUUCCUGCUGGCCCUGGUGGGUUGGCCCCCACAUCCCUUCUCCACACCCAGCCGCAGCCUCACGGCAAGACUACUUUGUUCUGGGGCUCCCCCGACCUCGGCCUGGGCCCUGCUGUCUCUACCUGUGGGGCCUACACAUGUGGACAGCUACAGCCAGAGGGUGCCACGGUCACAGCACCCAACAAAGCAAGAACCCCCAGCAGAGAAUGCCCUUUCAAAGCUGCCACUGAACUCUAUCCUUGGAGGCAACCCCUGGCUCCGAGGGACUGGGUGUGCGGUCCAGAACUGCGGUGCCCUGGGCUCGACCCUGGCUGAAGGCGCUGAACACCUCCCAUGAGGCACCUGCACCUUGGGGUCAGCGAAGCUCCAAAGAACCUGUUCUCAGGUGCCGAGAAACCAGUCUCCCCCAAGGGCAAGACCAGCCCUGCCCACCCUUCUGUUGGACGGUAUUGAGGCCACAGUAUUGCACCCAGCAGGGUUCCAAUUCUCUAGGAAUGGAACGCAGUGAUCUGGAUAGGAAUUAAAUAGAUGAAGCGGAGGGUUCCGCUGGCUUCCACACCACAGCACCAGUUUUGACCACGUGGAGCUGCUGGCGGAGGGCGAGCAUGGUGGCUGUCGCCCGUCGGUGUUUUGCUGGAUUAAUGUAGACUGCUUUGUUUGCAGGGCUCAUUGUCAUCCCCAAGCCAGGCCAGUUCUCCAGGUGGAACUGUAGUGUAGCGACCCCACUGCUUCGCGCACAGCCGCCCGGGACUCGGACUCGAGGGAGUGACGAGGAGGAGCCCCGAGCUGCGCCUGAGCUGUGCCAGCCGGCCGACCUCAGGCAGUGGACGUCGGCGAGGGCCGUGUGGACGGUGACUGGCUCACUGUGCGGCGCUGCGCUCCCGCUGCUCACCCAAAGAAAUUGUUUCCAUUUUAAAUCGGCCUUUGGGGCUGCAGUAAAAAAUAAGAAAUGGAGUUUUCUUGCUUUUUACUCUAAAAUUCAAUGUAAUUAAAUCUCAUAUAUACAUAAUAUAUACAUAUAUACAUAGUGUAAAAUAAAAUGUUUCUUGGACAAGAAAUCCCCUGAAAUUCAGCUGUUAUAGUGCUUCACUGUUUUUGCACUGAUUUUUCUAUACUUUAUUAGGUGGUCGGAAGACAACCUUGAAUGCACUCAUAGAGAAAAUUGUUACUUUCUGACUUAAUGUAAUUCAGGAAGACAGAUGCUGCAACCACAAAUUUUAAAAAAUUGUUUGCACUUAAAAAUAGUUGAACGCUGGUGGAAAGUUACUUUGCAGAUGGGUGUAAAGGACUCAUGGCCCUCUGAGGUGCGGCGUGAAGACACCCUUUUUACCUGUUGACGUUUAUUUUAAUACUGUUGUUUCCAAUGCAAUCAACUCUGUAUUAUAUGUAUAAAUAAUGUAAUUCUGCAAUUGGGGAAAAUAGUUACUUCACUAGUAAUUUUCAUCAUUUAAGAGUGAUAUUUCUAAUUCACAAAAAAAAUUAAUAUUAAAACUAUCUUGAAUAUA